AAAGCCAAAUCAGCUGUUUUCGCUCAAAUUUUAAGCAGAAAUCAGAAUAUAAAAUAUCGGCAAAUUUUUUUCAACGGUACUUAAGGAGUACUAGCCACGAUUCUUUCGAUAUGCCAGUGUAGUCGUAAAUUUUCGUUGCUUCAGUUUGCCGUUAUAAUAUUCCUUUCGAUCUUUGUCUUCACCCCUUUGAUCAUUAUGUUGAAAAAUAUUGUCGUUCUCUGUAUGACUAUAGUUUCAGCUAAAGCACAACGUCCAUACGACGAUGCGUGGCAUAGAAGGUGGUUCCCUCAUUACCCCACUGAUAUAGAUACCAACCCCGUAGUAAGCGAUGGAAAAAAUUUAAAUGAUGCGCAUCACGGAAUAGCUAUGGGGGUGAUAGACAGUAGCUGUGACGAUGGAAAGGGUAAUAUUCAAAUUGACUGGUUAAACAACGAGGAAAACUACACUUGUCUGGAAAAUAGGCGCUUGUACCAACCUAAUCCUAGUGUCCAUCCGAUUGAUAGUGUUGAACAUAUUCCUGAGGCCUAUAGUGCACAACAUAGAUGUAUGAACGAAUCAAUUUCAUAUAAUGAAAUUAUACCAACAUUUGGAACCCAUAGACCUCUAUGGGCGGCCUACGGCGAAUAUACAUUCUUACCGAAGCAACGCUGGUUGCAUAACCUCGAACACGGAGCUAUAACGAUGCUGUAUCAUCCCUGUGCUAACAAAAAUGAAGUCAAACUUCUUGCCAGUCUUGUCAAGUCCUGUUUGUAUCGUCACGUUAUAACACCUUAUAACCUACUGUCAUCUACAAGACCUUUAGCACUGGUGUCCUGGGGACACCGCUUAGAGAUGUCCGAAGUAGCACCUGUCGUAGUGAUCGAUUUCAUCAAAAAACACGCCCUUAAAGGUCCAGAAAAGACCCACAGGAACGGCCAAUACAGUCACGGCCUCAAAGAGGGCGCGCAGCCGGUGUCCGACAUGGACGACACUGUCCUGUGUCCAAACGUGGCAGGCGAAGGAAUCGAAAUGAAGUAAUAUAAUAAAUAUACCCAUAUCUUUAUUAAAUUCAGAGUUUUUGAUUUCUUAUUAAUAUAAUUAUUAUCCAGGGCAUUAUACUAAUACGUCAAUACCACUUGACGUCAUAUCAUGUGCUAAGUAUACCAAUUAUACCGUAUGAUCGAAUAAAAACGGCUAUUAAAUAAAGAUCGCUGUCAUUUUAUAUGUAAAUUUAUACGGGAAAUGUCAUCGAUAGUCAUUUCAUGGCCAUCGCUAACGCCGUUUUUUUUUUGAUAAUACGGUACUAGAUCUGGUCAUUUCAUCUGCGUGGUCUGUAUUUUAUUGCAUGCGACAGAGACAAAUAUAAAUGACCGGUUGACAGACAGAGAGACAAAAUAUAAAGC